GGCAAAACUCAUUGCAGCACAGUAGUACGCAAUGAAACCCCAUUUGAAUAAGCUGGCGGCAAACAGCUGUUUUCUGGACUAAAUCCUUGCGUGGGAAGUUCGUCAAAAUAAUGUAGUGUGGCGUAAAAACUGUUAUAGAAGUUCAUCCUUAAUUAAAUGUGUCAAACAUGUUGCGCUUCAGAGCCUGCAUAUCGUGAGUGAGUCGUUUGAUACAAUGAAUUUACGCUGUUCUCAAACUACAAGAAAGAAAGUUAAUAAGAUGUGCCAUUUUACAAGUUCAUUAUACUCUAUUAUAUAACAACAACAAAUUAUGACGCUGUGUGAGAGUCACUUUUAACGUCAUAAAAAAUUUUUGCUUUGGGAAAAACCAUUGACUAUCUAUAAAUUUAUAACCAAUGAUCAAACAUUUUAUGGUCACAUAAAUUAAUUUGCUCCAAAGUGUAUAAAUAGUAUGUAUUGUUAAUGAUACACACAAUUUAAAUUAGUCACAAAGCUAAAUUAGAGGCAUUACACGUUUAAAAUGUUUAUAACUAUCAAUAUUCUAAUUAAACUAUCAUUCUUUUUGUGGCUAUUAGUUUGGAUAAAAAUAACCGCAAUCGAUGAAUACAGUAUAUUUAAAAGAGAACCCCAACUUAGCAUGAAGCGUUAUGGCUUCUCAAAUUAAUUGUAAAGUGCAGCAAUAUUAAAAACGAUUAAUUUUUUUACUUAGCAAACAAGUGCUAAGUAUUUUAUAUAGUACCAACCAAUUCGAAAAUAUGAGCCAAAUCAUUGAUCAUACCAGCUGUAACACUGGUUUUGGAAAAGCGGUGUUCGGGUUAAAUGGAGGAGUUGGGCCUAAAGGUUUUGAAGGUUCUUGCAACUGGAGAAGUUUAGAAAAAUGGAUCAAGAGUAUUGUCUUCGUUGGAACAACCAUAAGUCAAACCUCAGUGAAGUGUUCACCAAACACUAUGUAGAGGGAAAUUUAGUGGAUGUGACACUCGCUGUGAACUGUGGUCCCCUGGAUGACAAUGUUACUAGAAUUGAAGCACACCAAAUAGUUCUCUCAGCAUGUAGUCCUUAUUUUGAAAAACUGUUAUUGCAAAAUAAACAUCCACACCCCAUAAUAUUCCUCAAAGAUGUGACUGCGACAGAGAUGGAAAUAUUGCUGGAUUUUAUGUAUCGUGGUGAAGUUAACGUAAGACAAGAGGAUUUGGGAUCCAUACUUAAGACUGCUACUGCUCUGCAAAUUCGUGGCUUAACAGAGUCUAGGGAUAGCUCAAGAGCUGACGAGAACCAACCACUGCCACUGACAAAUGUUGUGGGGCCUAUGGUAAGAACACCAGACCAAAGGCAGCUUAGGCCCAACUCUCCCGAGCGUAAACGAAGACGGUCUCCGAGUGACGAAGCCGUUCCUAAUACAGUGCCUGUGGGUGUCGGUAGCGGGGGUAGUGACCGGUACUCAGAGCCCUCUCAGUGUCCGUUGAGUUUCAUCAAAUCCUCACCUCCGUCAUUUUUAAACUCUCAAUCGUCAAAGAAUGUCCAGUUGUCCAGUGCCCCAAAUGACCUUGAUACCCCCCCAAUGAGCAUUAAACAAGAACCUCCAUCACAACCACAACAUGAUGACGACUAUGAAGACUCACGGCACAACACGGAUGAACAUUCUCUGGAUGAUGACACUGCAUCACAGCCUCCUCUCCCACCCCUGGAUGGGGACAAGGAUGACCCUCCUCGUCCUGACCAUCCCGACACCAUUGAUGGGCGAAUAGUCGCAUAUCCCGAGGCGGAGGUGUUGACGGCAAUCUUCGACAGUCUGCCGCAGGGUCUCGCGAGGUGUAGAAUAUGUGGACGAGUAGUGAUGGACGUUCACAGACACUAUAGACUGCACAACGCACAGACUCACUACUGUCCUUACUGUCCUAUCGUACUCACCAGGGCCGACAACCUCAAGAGGCACAUUCGCAUCAGGCAUAAGGACAUUGUCAACAGUACUGCCACCUCGACCACCAACAGUCCUGGCGUUGAAAUGUACUCGUAACUGUCACGGCUCACCAGUCUAGAAGUUCCUAUGGUGUUGAUCGGUGCCUGAAUAAUGUUAGUUACUGUUUGGUGUGUAGAUUCCGCUAGGUAUUAUCUUCUGUCAUUUACUUUAGAUAAAAUUUUUGUUUGUGUUUUUCAUCAUGCCUAUAUCUUUACGUUUUAGGACGCUAGGAUUUAACCCAGAACCGUUUUCCACAUAAUUAGGCUAGGCCUAGAGGGUUUUGGCAUCAUCACCUAAAUAAAAUCCAGUGGAGAUUUGUGGGGUUUGAGCCCGAGACCUCGGGGACCGAAAUCCCGUGCUCUACCACUAUACCAACAUACUCCCCAGUACAAACAUUGGUUACUGUUCCGGAUUUCUUAUAUAGGAUGGUCAACUUACCGUUAAAGUAUAAAAUUUAAACUCAACUUUAACACGGUACAACACUCUUUAGACACAGUAGUCUGGUUUGAAUUUUCUUUGAACUCUGAUGUUAUUGGUUUCAAAGUUUGUAUGAUGGCACACACCACAAGCACACUACACUUACACAUACACACCACAAUGUUAAAAUUGAAUAAAGAUUUCUUUAAACUUUUUUAGACAAUUUUAUUACAAUGCUAACAAUGCCUUGUUUAAGAAAAAAGGUUUAUAAAUACUGGAGGAAACUCAUUUUAAGACACUAUGUAUCAAAUAAUAUCUGCAGUCAUUGGGUAAGAUCACUGCCAGUUAGCUAAAACAAUCGGCUGUUUUGUUGGUUAGCCAAUGGGCGAGAAUGUUGUUGUACACAGUAUCUUAAAAAAAGGUUUUCUCCCUUAUUUAUGUACCAAUUUUCUUAAAGCUGGUAUUGUUAAAAAUGUCUAAACAAAACACACACGGUAAUUUUAUUUACAUAAGCAUUUUUUAUGUUAUUUAAGUAUUAAAAUUUUUGAAGGAAAUUUUCAACUUGAUAUUUUAGUAUUGGUGCAGGAAUGAUAUCUUAAAAGGUCGGUAGAGAGUUCAGGACACCCUGUAGAUGCUGUAUAGUUUUAAAUAUAACUGUACAGUACAUACCAUACACUAUAAAAAAAAUUGAUUCCUCACACUGUAUUUGUAUUUUUUACACUUUGUUCCUAGAUAUUCAAACAAAAACAUCACAAUCUGUAUGGUUUGAGGUUAUAUCAAGUACUGUAUUUCUUAUUGUGUAGAAUAAUAUUGUUGUUUACUAAUUUGCACACAUUUAAAAACACUUUAUAAUAACUUCCAAUAGCUCUGACAAUGAUCUGAUUGUGAGUUGUUUAUGGAGUUGUAUAUUUGCAUAAUGUCAAGGCUGUAAAUGAAGAAUAAGUGAAUAUUUGGGCACUUUUUAUUUGAAGAUGGUUUUACCACUCUUAGACAAUGGUUUUACUGUAUAGUCCAACGAUAAGUACCACAGUGAUUUAUAAACAAUCAACAAGCAUUUAAGUAUUUCACACAUGUUUACUUUUAAUGAAUUUCCCAUAUAGGGAAUAAGCUAUACCAUAGGUCUCAUGGUAAAACCUGGACCCAGGACCGAUUUACUUUUUUGUUUUGAUGUCCUUAGAGUCCAAAAACACCGUCCGUUAGAACGCCAACUCAAGGAAAAAUUAUCCGAUUUUGAUGAAAUUUGGUACAAACGUGUAAACCCACAUUUACUUGAACAGGUAACCAGGAUGAUUGGACCAUGGGAACGAUAUUUUGUGGGGUUUUUUUUUUGUAAACAUCGGAUUUUCUCAUUUUUUACCCUUAAGCAUAAAAUGUUCUAAUUUCCCUCCAAACCAUUUUUAAAAAUUAGAAAAAAACACAUACCGGUAAUUUAGUGUAUUGAAGUGUUUUUGUAUGAUUAUUGGAUACGGAAACAAAGCAAAAGAUUGUAAAUUUAAAAUUCCCAUGUUAUUCUUAUGUAGAAUAAGUGUACGGUUAUAGUUUUUUUAUGGUUAGAUUAAACUUGGAAAAUGUAUUUAUUUCAUACUAGGCUAUUAAUAUUUUACUAAAAACACACUUUACUAUCCACGCUUUAACAGUAAACCUAGGUACUUGUUAAACCUAAUGUUAUUUAAAUUGAUUUAAGUUAAAAUCAAAUCAGGUAAAUGAAAAUUUGCUUAGUCUGCAGGUUUUUCUGCGGCAGGGGGUAUUUUCAUUUAUAAUCUUCAACUAGUCAUUAUUAUAAUUAGUUGUCACAUGUAUAUUUCGAGGUAUUGAAACUGUUGAAUCAAUUACACAAGUUUUUACUUACUGUAUUCCAAA